GAGAUGAUCUGAACAUUGCUAUGGACUCUCCUCUCUGUUGGUGACAGUGGAGUCUUGUUGCCAUAAACAGCCUGUUGGGUUGGUCUGUGUUUAUUCUCUAGAGACCAUAUUACAACCCAGACAAAGUGAAGGGUAUCGCAGAUGGGGCAGGAGCAUGAGUGAGUAGGAGGACCAAUCUGCUCUGCGGCAACAGUGGAACUCAAGCUGAACAGAAAUACAGGUGGCAAAGGAUCAAAAAUGGGGCUGAUUGCACUCCUCUGUUUUGGGUGUUUAAUAUGGAUACAGCCCAGUCAAGCUCAAAACAAAGUUUGUAGCGGAGUGAACAUGUUUGAUCUUAUGUUUUUUGUUCAUUACUCCUCUGAGAUAAACUUUCAGCCGAUGAAAGACUUCCUGCAGAACUUCAUUGGCUCGAUUGACCCUGAGCAUGACAUACAAAUAGGGUUAGCUUUCUUACCUUCCCAGAGAGGGGAUUUCAACCUAACCAAAUACAACACCAGCAAUGACAUCCUCAGCAAGAUAAAACCACUCAGGCCUCGGCCGUCGAGGCGUUGGAACAUGGGUGGCAAUUUAAAGAAGUUCCUGACAGGGGCAUCGCGAUACUUCAGUGGGAAUGUCGACGGGAGAUCCGCCCAGAAAGUCCCACAAGUGGCGAUCCUGCUCACUGACAACGUCGGCACCGUCAGCCUCCGCGGUUCCAGCACCGACUUGCAUGUGGCCGGCGUCACAGUGUACGUGAUAAACAUCGGAGCCACAGACACGAAGAGCAAUCUGUUCUACGUCGCUUCUUAUCCCUACGAGGAGACCGUCAUUAAUGCUGAUACUGUCCAGCAUCUGUCCCAGGCUUCGCAGGACCUGCUCAAAAAUGUCUGCAAUCGCCUCAGCCACAAAUUCAGGAAGUACUGGGAGACAAGAACGAUCACUCAGAAACAUUGCUCCAAAAACAUGACAGCUGACGUUUACUUCUUGAUCGACGACUCCAGCACCGUCACCUUGGAGCAAUUCAAUGAGAUAAAGCGCUUUUUGAACAACACAGUGCAAUUAUUCCAGAUUCGAUUUGACGGAGUGCGAGCAGGAGUGGUCCAGUAUGCAGCUAACCCCAGAACAGAGAUUCAUCUACCCGACCACACCAACAAAACAGAUUUGACCUGUGCGAUUUCUUACAUCGAGCAACAGAAGCUUGAUGCUGAUAUCGCAAACGGUCUUCAGAAUGUGCUGAAAUAUUUAAAAAAAUAUAAAAGAGAAAACGUGCCUCAGUAUCUUGUUAUUCUGAAGGAGGGAUACCAGAAAGCUGUGAAUAAAGUGAUGUUAGAAGCUGCCACACGAGAGAUACAUGACUUUGGAGUUGUCACAUAUGCCAUCGGGGAAGACUCUAACACACUAGAAAAACUGGCGUCAUCACUUGACAAAUAUUUCAGGAUAAGCGACUUUGCUUUCUUAAAAGAUAUUGAACUUCAGGUGGCUGAUGGGAUUUGUGAGUCAGCAGCAUUACGCAGCAGUGAAGCAGAUAUCGUCUUCUUGCACGACAGCUCUUACUCAGAGAGCUUGCGGGACCAUGGCCUCAUGAAGGACUUCAUGAAGGCAUUCAUGGAAAGCGUCAUGAGGGAGCAGAACGGAAUCCGUGUAGCUUUGAUAGAAUACACUGAUGAAUUCCAGUACGUCUUCGACUUAGAGCCCAGGCUGACGCUGGAUGAAUACAAAAAUGCCAUAGACAGCGUGAGCCGGGCACCACGGGGCCCUAUGGCAGACGGGUCUCUCACAGUGCCCGGACUGUUCGACAAACUCCCUGACAAAGAUAAAAAGAUAAUGGUUUUCAUAACAGAUGGAAAAUCUCACAAGCAAUUAGCUCAGCUGGCUUCAGAUUUCCGUAGCUCUGGGAUUGACGUAUAUGCCAUUAUGAACUCGGACGCAGAAAUGAACAAUAUAGAGGGAAUAACUGCAUCAAAGGCAAAAAUAUUUGAAUUGCACCAAAAUGUCUCCACCUUAGUAGAGAGCAUGCACACAGUAAUUCAAAAGGAGUGUCAGAAUGCAGAUGUUGCUGAUAUAGUUUUUGCUGUGGAUGUUUCCUGGGAUGUGCAAGAGGAUGAUUUUGAACUCAUGAAGAAUUUCAUUAUUUCAGUAGCAAGCAGCUUUCUCAUAGGACAGUACAGCACGCAAGUCGGGGUCAUUCUGUAUGGAGCCAGUGCUCGCCAGGGUAUCGGUUUGGACGAAUACAAAAACCUCAAGUCACUGGAGUCGGGGCUACGGAACAUGAACUUUGGUCAGGUUGACCGUAAUGGAAGAAACAUUGCUAAGGCAAUCCAGCUAUCCAGGACCUUGUUCUCUCGCGAAGGCCGAGAACAUUUCAGUGUUCCCCGGUUCAUCAUCACUAUCACUCACAAAGAUACCACUGAUUUGGUCCAGUUGAAAGCUAUUUGUAAAGAGGUUCAAGAUUCUGGGGUGCACACUCUGGCUGUUGGGAUAGAUUAUGUGGACACUGAAACUCUUAAGAUCAUCGGAGAGUCAGACAGCAGUUAUUUCUCAGUGAAAUCUUUUGACAAGCUGAAGUAUUUGUCUAGACAAGUCACCCAAGAAAUCUGCAGUGCGCCAUAUUGUAACAUCGCCCUGGUGGACAUCGCCUUCCUCAUCGAUGGAUCUGAGAGCAUUACGCCUAAUCAAUAUGAUCUGGAGAAAGAUUUUGUUAAAAGAAUAGUGAACAGCUUUGACAUUCAUGACCACGUAAGGGUAGGUUUAGCUACAUUUAGUGAAACAUGUGAUAUACAAUUUAACAUGAAAACAUUCAACACCAGAUUGGAAUUUGACCAAGAGGUAGAUGCUGCUAUACCGAGAUAUAAAGGUACGAACCUUGCGGUUGCCCUGGAUGGGUCAAGGAAAUUUUUUACCCCAAACAGGAGAAGGAAAGAUGUCAAGCCCCGUUUGAUUGUGAUGACCGAUGGGGAUGACAGGAACCAAAAUAAAGAAAAGAUUUCACGGAUAGCUAAUCUCUUGCGCAAUGUGGAUGAUGUGACCAUUGUUGUGGUGGUUGUGGGAGAAUUCGUCAAUCCAAUCGUGUUGAAUCUGAUUGCUGGUGAGAGAUCAAACAUAUACAGAACAGUUUCACACAGCAACCUUAAAGACAUUGCACCAAGGAUAGUGAGAGCAAUUUGCGACGACCCUGAAUGCAUCGUCAAACCUGUCCCACCUCCGACGUUUCCCCCGCCGCCCAUAGACUGCCUGAUCGACAUUGCAGUGGGAAUCGACAUCGCAGGAGAGUCGGGAGAUCUCUUGCUGUUCUACCACAACCAGCUGCGUUUGAACCUCUUGCCAACACUGAUGGCGCUUAACAAUUUGUUGCCAUCCACCUGCACAAGGCCAUUCAGCGUUCGCUUCGGGUUCCAUGUCCCCAACACAGACCCUCCCUUCAUCACCACCUUCCAGCCGCUGACCGACGACGUUGUGAAGCAGCUGGAGAUGAGGGUUAUACGGGAGACCUCGCGACUGGAUGCUCGCUACCUCCUAUCAUUUGGAGAAAAGUUCAGGAGAGAGUCUGACAGGAAUACCUACAUACAGGUUAUAUUGCUCUUCACAGAUGGGCUGGAUGCUAGUUACGCAGAACUGAACAGAGCAACCGAAUCUCUCAGAAGGGAUGGAGUUCAGGGCCUCAUUACAGUGGCCUUGGAUGGGAUGUCGAAGGAGGCAGUUCAGGAGCUGCAUGCUAUUGAAUUUGGCCCAUUUGGGACUGGGUUCUGCUGCAGGGCCCAGCUUGUUAUCAGCGACAUGAUUGCCGGUGCUUUGCACUCCGCGUUUGUCACCUUUGCAGAAGAAGUCUGCUGCAGUUGCUGCUUGUGUGUGGGCCCACCUGGUCCCAAAGGUUCUCCUGGAGUGGAGGGUGUUGAGGGCAUUAAAGGACAGAAGGGCAUGGAGGGACACACCGGAGAUGACGGGAUGCCGGGAGCGGUGGGGAAGCGUGGGGUGGACGGACCUCCUGGUGACCAAGGCUGUGCAGGACCGAGAGGCACAAAGGGAAACAGAGGAUUCACUGGAGAUAAGGGCGAAAAUGGAGCCGAUGGUUGGGACGGGAUCCAAGGACAACAGGGAGAUUCUGGACUCGACGGACAUAAAGGAGCCAAAGGGGAUCAUGGAAGUCAGGGUAACGUAGGAUCUCCAGGCCCACCUGGUGAUGAAGGAGAAAAGGGUUUGCCAGGAGGACCGGGGACACCAGGUUCCAAUAAUAAUGUCCCCGGACAAAAGGGAGACCUGGGUCCAGCAGGAUAUGAUGGUGAUUCCGGCCCAGAUGGGUCACCAGGACAAAGAGGAGAACCGGGAAAUAAAGGCAAGAGUGGUCAGAGAGGACUGGAGGGCAUACCGGGGACCCAAGGAGAAAACGGUGCUGAAGGUUUGCAGGGUGAGCUGGGCUUCAGAGGCGAGCAGGGCAUAUCGGGAGCCCCAGGAGCCAAGGGAGAACCUGGAGAGAUGGGAUGGAAAGGCCCACAGGGUGCCGGUGGACUUCAGGGGAGCAAAGGCAGCAAGGGUAACCGUGGAAGAUCAGGUCAAAAGGGUCAGCCUGGGGUGCCUGGUGAAAAAGGAAACAUCGGCAACAUGGGAUUUAGAGGAGAGCAAGGUACUGAUGGUUUGGGAGUACUCGGAUCUCCGGGGCCAAAAGGGCGCAAAGGAACCUCUGGCAGCGAUGGCCAUGUGGGACUAUGGGGAGAAGUUGGCGAAAAGGGUUCACCUGGAGAUAUGGGUCCCAAAGGCCAUCAUGGAACCAUGGGCCCGAGGGGACCAGAAGGUGUGAAUGGGGACCCCGGUGAGCCAGGUUACCCCGGCCGGAGGGGACCUAAAGGAUUCCCGGGAACCCCAGAACGAAGCGAGUGCAGCCUUCUGGAUUUUGUACGGGACAACUGUGCUUGCCAAGGCUGCCACAAGUGUCCCUCUCACCCGCUUGACCUGGUGAUCGCCUACGACAUGUCCGAUGAGGUGCUGGACUUUCAGCUCAAUAACAUGAAGAGCCUGAUCACACGAAUCAUAGAGGACAUGAAUAUCAGCGAGAGCAGCUGCCCAGCCGGUGCCCGCGUGGCCGUAAUGUCCUACUCGGACACGGCGAAGCGGGUCAUUCGCUUCAGCGACUACCUCACUAAAGGCACCCUGCUGCAGCUGGUGAAGGACAGGGUGCUCUACGAGAGAACCAGCGGGCAGCGGGACCUGGGGGAGGCCAUGAUGUACACCGCAAGGCAUAUGUUCAAAAGGACCCGUGGCGGAAAGCUGGGGACAAAGAUGGCCAUCUUCAUGACAAGAAUGUAUAUGGGACGAGGGGAUUUUGCAAGAGUCCAGACCACAGAACAGCAGCUGUACACAGCAGCUAUGGAGCUGUAUGCAAAUGACAUCACUCCAGUGAUUGUCACCUCGGUGUCACCGGAGUCACAACUCACCGAUGCAUUCUUGAACUUUCCGGGACGAUACGGGAUCAUUAGUGACAGCAGUGAGGAGCAGAUAAUGGGACGUCUGCGAGCUUGCUUCCUGUGUUACGAUUCCUGCCACCCAGACCCGACGUGCCCAGCGGAACGGCACAGCCCUGUCAACGUCAACGCAGACGUCCUCUUCAUGCUGGACAGCUCACACGGCAUCAGCGAGGUGGAGUACGAACAGGCUCGCGGAUUCCUUUACUCCAUGGUGGACCGGUUCGGGCCCUCGGGUGCCUCGCCAAGCCCCCUUCUGACUGGAGCGAGGCUCGCACUCGUCCAGCACAGCGGGGUCACGCCCGGCAAGAGGGACCCCAUUGAAGUGGAGUUCAACUUUCUUAAAUAUGCAGGCAAACAGGAGGCCAUGAAGAAUCACAUUCAGCACCUCACUAGGCGCAUCCACGGGUCCUCCGCCUUAGGGCCGGCUCUAGACUACGUGAUAGGAAGACUCUUUAAUAAACAGACCAGGUCUAACAAGGUUAUAUUCAUUAUUUUGGGUGGGGCAAGUGACCACCGAGACCAUAGACUGAAAGAGAUUGCCCUCAAGGCGAAGUGUGCUGGGUACAUCCUCUUCACCCUGUCCCUGGGGUCCAAGACCAGGUACAGGGAGCUCUACACCAUCUCAAGCCAGCCGAUCAGUGCACACUCCUGUCAACUCGAUGUAGCAGGUGCCGAUGAUAUAGAUUACGCUCUUCGCUUCGCUGAGUCGUUCUUCAGCUUUCUGCCAAAGAGGCCCGGUACUGACCCUCACUGGAGGGUGGACGACUGCGACUUUACAAGAACCGAAGACGUGUCAGGGUUUGAUGUUUUAUCAGACGGCGCACACAUGGAGUCUGAAGACAUUCCCAAGCAGGCCAUCAAUGCAGAACUGGGCUUUGUCCAACCUGAGCCAGAUAAACAGCUCCCGGCUAUGCUGCAUGUUCAGCAGCAGAACAGCCCCUCGCUGCUGGACACUCGGCCUCAAGAUGCCGCUAAAAUGGUGGACGGUCUCCCGGGCGAGCUGGCGGAGGUGCGCGAAGGCCCACGGGAGGUGGAGCCCCAGACGGCUGCAUCCGAGUUGAGCCCCACAUCCAAGAAGCUGGAGUUGAGCCCAGUCAUGAGACAGCGCUCUGAGCUGGCAGGACGCCUGGGCCACCCACUCCCCCAAACUUCUGCCCGCUGCCUGCAGAACAAGGAUAACGGCAGGACAUGCAGAAGAUCACAGGCCAUCCAGUGGUUCUACAAUCGGCAAGUGAAGCGGUGCGCCGUGUUCUGGUACGGCGGGUGCGACGGCAACGGGAACAGGUUCCCCACACAGGCGGCCUGUCGUCAGCUUUGCGUCGCCCAAAGAUCGCAUGUGUGAUUCCCGGCGUGCCCUCGCCUGCUGAGCCUUUACCAGCAUCUUAUCGCCACCUUGUGGCAGAGGAUUGAAGGGACGCCAACCCUCUCUGUGCUGGUCCGAACAGGCCACACCCCAUCCGCCUUUCCAGGCUACAUUCCAGGCCAAGUAACUAUUAUGUUUAUUGAAGUAACAAUGUUUGAGGCACCCUGAAGCAAUCGGGGCUGAGAAUCACAGUGAUUGGCUGCAUGGGACUAAAUAAAAGGGUACUGGGGGGAUGGGGGUCAAAGGUCAUAUUAUACAGCAGCCUACUUUUGCUUCCAUUAACACUGCUGGAUGAAAAAAAAACAGUUUCAAAUAAAUUCUCUUGCCCAAGUCA